UUUGGCAACGAAUUCCUACAUCUGGUCAUCAUGAACAUUCUGAUUUGUUUGGCAAGUUUAUUGGCUGUAACAGUCGGCCAAAACUAUGGCAGUGGAAAAUAUCAACCAUUCUCAUCUGGUUUUGGUGGAAGUCCAAGUCAUGGUGGUAGUUUUGGAGCCGGAAAACCAUCUUUCUACAGUUCAUCAUACAAAAGUCCAAGUGUCGAAUCAGGAUUAACAUCUCCAUUCACUCAAUCCGCUGGAUACGCAGGUCCAAAAUUAUUUACACCUGCUCAACCAGCACACUAUAAUUCAGAAGGAUCCUACAAUUCUGGGCCAGCUCAUUACAAUCAUGAAUCAUCCUACUCAUACGGUGGUCCAGGAUUAUCUCAUUACUCAUCAGGAUUUACUGGUUCAUCAUCACACUUUGGAUCUGACUACUCAGCCCCAUCUAAUUACGAAUCUGGUCCAUCUCAUUAUGAAUCCGGUCCAUCUCAUUACGAAUCUGGCCCAUUAUACCAAUCAAAUUACCAAUAUGGACCUUCAGCUAGUGUGAAAGUGAUUAAAAAUCCAAAGAAUUAUCUAUCUAGUCCAGCCUAUGAAAAAGUUGUCCAAGUUGAAGAUGUACCACGUAUUGGACAUAACGGUGUUCCAUUAGAUACUCCAGAAGUAGCUGCACUUAAAGCUGCCCAUUUCGAAGCACAUGCUAAAGCUUUAUCUCGUCAUCGUCGUGGAACAACUUACUAUGGACAUGGUGGUAAUGGACACGGACACGGUCAUGCCUACAGUACCCAAAAUCAUAACGCUUAUUUCGGUCAUCCACAUGUAGUUCAUGUCAGUGGAGGCCAUGGACAUUAUCGUCGUAGACGUUCUGCUUAUCAUGGAGGUUAUGUCGGUGGAAACGGAUAUGGUCAUGGUCAUGCCUACAGUACCCAAAAUCAUAACGCCUACUUCGGUCAUCCCCAUGUAGUCCAUGUCAGCGGAGGUGGUCACCAUCAUUUAGGUAAACGUGAUACAUACGAAGGUGGAAAUCAUCCAGGUGGUGCAAGCAGUUCCCAAAACAGUAAUGUCUUCCAUGCUGAAUCCAAACCAAUCCGUGUACAAGCUAGUGGUUAUGCUCCAGGACAAGGUGUACCACAUGAAACCGCUGAAGUUACUUUAGCUAAACAAGCUCAUUUUCGGGCACAUGAUCAAGUAUUGAAGAGUGCUGGUUUGUACAAACCUCAAGGUGGUGGACACCGUGGAGGAAGUCCUUUCGGUGAUGAUUCAUCUUCAUACGCCAGCUCCCAUGAAUAUUACUAAUUGGUUCCGUUA